CCAGAGCUCGGACAUUGUCACAGCAGCCGGGUCUCAUUCCGAGUGCACAAGCUGAAACACUUAGCUCCAUAGCUCUAUCAGCAUCUUCGAUAGACAUAUCAGAUCAUCAUCAUCACCCUUCGUUAUACGAACGUCAUCCGGAAAAUCGACGUGGCUUGCUGAAAAGGUCGUCAGACGAGCGCGACUCGAGCUUUGAGCUUUUCAGAUGGCUACCACUCCGAUCCCUGCCUCUUCACGGACGGUAGCCAACCAUCAAACUUCACCAGUAACGACAAUAAUACCGCCGAGGACGCCCACGCCUACUUCCACAUUCACAUCUACGGUUCCCCCACAGGAAAUCAAGAGGAUUCAGCUGUCGGCCCCUACCGAUAUUUCUCUCCCAAGUCCAGGACCUAGUCGGACGAACUCGACGUUCCCCCCGAAUCUACCUACUCCCCCGGCUUCGUCGAGUAGCAAACCUCUAAGCAACCCGAGUAACAGCAAUGGUAAUGCCAACGCAACACCAUCCACACCACAGCCGCGCCGAGGUGUCAAGCUAGAUCAGGUCGCCGAGAGACAGGCGAAUGCGGGAGGACCGUCUGGAGCACCGGCAGGGUUGAGUGCGAAGGCUUUGGGAAAACGUAAACGGACGGUGGAGGAGGAAGAGAUUAUCCACAGCGCUGGUCAAGUUUUCAAGGACAAUAUCGACCGGGACACCUCCUAUUUCACAUCCGACUACCUCCCCGUGCACCCAUUCGAAUCCGGUCGAGAUAUCGUGGACAGAUUGUUGCCCUUUCAUCUGUGGCAGAUACACGAUCAGGAUCUGGAUUGUCGACCGAAAGAUGCUAAACGGCGGAUGACGGAGCGGGUGGGCGUGGAAAAGCUCGUAACACGGCAUAUCUCAUUGAUGGAACGCUUGAGAAAGGCUCAAGUGCGGCAAGAUAAUGUCACUGACGGGGUCGACUUGAUACAAAUCUCGCAAGCUGUCGUCCAAACGAUGACAGACACGAGGAACCAGCUGCAAUCUCAACUACGUGACGUGAGAGCGGAGAACGACCGGUUGACGUACGAGAACCGACGCAAGGAAGAAGCUAGGAGAGCGGCGAUGAUCGCUGCGGGGGAGAAACCGUUACCGAGGACAGGGCCGGGGAGACCACCAGGAUCGGGUACAGGGACAGGAAUGGGAAUAGGGACGCCGACGAUGAGUAGGACGGCGAGUACGCAUACGAAUGGGGCGAGUACGCCCGGGACACCAAGUGCAAACAAGGGGUCGGGAAUGGGAGUACCUGCGGGUCAGCUUGAGGUGCCGCCAAGCCCUAUUGCGGUUACCGUGCCAUUUAAUUUGCGGGCCGACCUGAUUCGGCUCGAGAUCAUCACCAGCAACAAUGGGAAGAGUCAACCCCCGGGCAGGGUCGUCAAGAAGACGGACGACGGGACAGGUCUCAUGUUAUCAGUAUACCCAGCAGCGCUCAACCCUACCCAGCUCAACUUUCUGGCUGGCGUACUCACACGUCAACAACAACAGGUCCGGAAAGCGGCCGCCUCCCCUUCAAUACCUUCGUCACCAGCAACAUCAGCAUCGUCGCCUAAGACAGUCGACACUUCGUAAUCAUACUUUCCAUCCUGCUUGCAUCAUGUCACGAAUCCGCUUAAAUAUUUCGCAUUCGCCUCGCCGGAGGCGACCGGUUUGUCCAGAACAACCAUUGUACCGGCUAGAUGUUGUCGC